UUAUUUCCGUUGCUAUAUAUAGGGCUUAACUUUUCAAAUUCGUUUUAAGCAGAGAAAGUUUCUUACGAGUUCCGAUUCAAUUUCCGGUGGAAUUUCUUAUGGAAUCCUCUUAUUUUUCGUUCUCCGAUUCCGAUUUCUCGACGGGAUCUUCGUUCGGAUCGGCCGAAUCGUCGUUCUCAUGGAGCGAAUUUUUCCCGAUUCCACUGCCGGAUGAGUUUCUCGGAAAUCAACCGGAAUCGGAAUCGAAAAUUGCGGUGAAGGAAGAAAUCGAAGUGAGUUCGAUCGAUUUCGCGGAGGAGAAACAGAGGAAGACGACGGCGGAGAAGAGUUACAGAGGAGUAAGGCGACGGCCAUGGGGAAAAUACGCGGCGGAGAUUAGGGAUUCAACGAGGCAUGGAGUUAGGGUUUGGCUUGGAACAUUUGAUAGCGCGGAAGCCGCCGCGUUAGCGUAUGAUCAAGCGGCAUUUUCAAUGAGAGGAGCACUGGCGGUUCUGAAUUUUCCGGUGGAAAUGGUGAGGGAAUCACUCCAGGAUAUUAAGUAUCAACUGGAAGAAGGAUGCUCGCCGGUGGUGGCUUUGAAGAGAAAACACUCUCUGAGAAGGAAGUCGGCGGCGGCGGCGGCGGUGGAGAAGAAGAAGAUGAAGAAGAAGAAGAAUAUGGUGAUUUUUGAAGAUUUGGGAACAGAGUAUUUGGAAGAACUGUUGAUGCUAAGUUCAUAUGAGAGUUGUAGCAUCAAUCCCUUCUGAGAUUCUGUUCUUCAUCUUCAAAACAAAUUUUCCUGUCGAUAAAUCCCUUUCAUUAAUUUUUUUUUUCAGCCAUUUUUGAUGUUCUUGUGAAGGUUUAGAUUCCUUAGAGAUGUUUAAGUAUAUGAAAGUAAAGUGAGGUUGUUCAAAUUUUA